AUGUCUGUUGUCGGCUCUCUCAUCUUUUGUACAGGCUGCGGCACCCUCCUCGACCCGCCUACGUCCACGGCCUUGACCUGUACAGGCUGUGGUGCCUCCUUCCCAUCCGCUCAGUUCAAGAGCCUCUCUGUCACAACGCGCUCUGCUCCCGGCGCAUUCCCGUCCGUCCUCAAGCAGAAACGCAGUGUCGUGCAUGUGCCAGUACCCUCAACAGAUGAUCCGGAAGGACUCGGCGAGCAACAUGGUGGUAAUACAGAAGGAAGAGCCACCAUUGAAGAAAAGUGCGUCAAGUGUGGAAACGAGCAAAUGACCUUCUUCACACUACAGCUGCGGUCGGCGGAUGAGGGAUCUACAGUCUUCUACGAGUGCCCACGCUGUGCAUACCGCUUCUCGACCAACAAUUGA